GGACAGUGUGUGUGUCGUACUCUCAGAUUACAAUGGACGACGAUAUUGCUGCACUGGUCGUUGACAAUGGUUCUGGUAUGUGCAAAGCCGGCUUUGCAGGUGAUGAUGCACCCCGUGCUGUUUUCCCAUCCAUUGUUGGUCGCCCAAGACAUCAGGGUGUCAUGGUUGGAAUGGGACAGAAAGAUAGCUACGUAGGAGACGAAGCUCAAAGCAAAAGAGGUAUUCUUACACUCAAAUAUCCUAUUGAGCAUGGCAUUGUCACUAACUGGGAUGAUAUGGAGAAGAUCUGGCAUCAUACCUUCUACAAUGAACUCAGAGUGGCCCCAGAGGAACACCCAGUGCUGCUGACAGAAGCACCCUUGAAUCCCAAAGCUAACCGGGAGAAAAUGACGCAGAUCAUGUUUGAGACCUUUAACACUCCAGCUAUGUAUGUUGCCAUCCAAGCUGUGUUGUCCCUGUAUGCAUCUGGUCGUACCACUGGUAUUGUCAUGGACUCAGGUGAUGGUGUAACACACACUGUGCCAAUAUAUGAAGGUUAUGCUCUACCCCAUGCCAUUCUGCGUCUGGACUUGGCUGGACGUGACCUGACAGACUACCUCAUGAAAAUCCUCACUGAGAGGGGGUACAGCUUCACCACCACAGCUGAAAGAGAAAUUGUUCGUGAUAUCAAGGAGAAAUUGUGCUAUGUUGCUCUGGACUUUGAGCAGGAGAUGGCCACAGCUGCUUCUUCUUCAUCAUUGGAAAAGAGUUAUGAGCUGCCUGAUGGACAAGUUAUCACCAUUGGUAAUGAGCGGUUUAGAUGUCCAGAAGCACUCUUCCAGCCUUCUUUCCUUGGUAUGGAAUCCUGUGGCAUUCAUGAAACCACUUACAACUCAAUUAUGAAGUGUGAUGUAGAUAUCCGUAAGGACCUCUAUGCCAAUACUGUUCUCUCUGGUGGAACCACAAUGUACCCUGGAAUUGCUGAUAGAAUGCAGAAAGAAAUAACUGCACUAGCUCCCAGCACCAUGAAAAUCAAGAUAAUUGCUCCCCCUGAGCGUAAAUACUCUGUCUGGAUUGGCGGUUCCAUCUUGGCUUCCCUGUCCACCUUCCAGCAGAUGUGGAUCAGCAAGCAGGAGUAUGAUGAGUCUGGGCCCUCAAUAGUGCAUCGUAAAUGCUUCUAAAAGGACGGACCCUUUCAACGUGAACAAAUGUACCUGUGCAGGAAGAUAACAUUGGCAUGGCUUUUCUUUCAUUGGCGCUUGGCUCAGAUUUGAUAACUGGAAUGAACAAAUAGCACUGUAUGGUCAUCAAUGCAGAGGACAUUAUGAUUUUAUUCAGUCAAUAGUAUUGUAUUGAGGAAGCUACCCUUUCAAUGUUGCCCAGCUUGGUGGGAAGCUCAUACAGAAAUCAUGGUGAUACUAUUGUGUUUUUUGAUUUUUUUUUUUUUUUGUUUUUUUUUCUUGUGCAGCUAUGUACCCAAACAUGUCUCUGUAUCUUCUGCCUUGAACACUUGUAACUUGUUUAACCCAAAAAAGGGCAUCAUUCUCUAACACCUGGAAGGUUUACAUUAUCAUUGAUCACAUAAGAUGUGACGGGUCACCUGUAACCUAACUGAAAAAAAUAAAACCAAGUUGUUUCA